UGGAACGAAAAUUUGCUUUCGAAUUGUCAAAAUAGGAACCUCAAAGAGAGCAACUGUAUCGAAGACGUCACCUCAAAUAAAUACACCUUGAUUCAAUACAACUCUAGCUGUGACACAUUAUGCAAUGUUUUAAACAAACUGAGACACUUCAAUACGUUAAUGCUUAAGGUAGCAACAAGCUGAGAAUGCUACGCAAAUCAACGAUGAUAGCUGCAGCCGUGGCAGUCACCACAGCAGCAACACCACAAAGUGCACCAACAACCGAUCCGAUGGUGUGUAAACCUAGUGACCUGCCCAUCUAUGGUUCCUUGCGGCCACAAACACAGUCUAAAAGUCACCCGAACCGGGCGCCAAAAGAAAAUGCGCUCUAUACGAAUCUGGAGAGCGGAGUGCGCACCAUGCGCAUGGAGCUAAAGAGCGGCUAUAAUAUGGUUGCUGAGCAGACAUCAGUUGUCGGAGAUUACUAUAGGACAGCGAAGGAUCAUACUCAGCGUUCCAUUGAUUUCCUGAACGAGCCACAGAACUCGAUGCAUCGCAGCGGUGCCAUUGUGAUGGGCGGCUUGGCGGGUUUUAUAUUUGGGGCACGUGGCGGCGUCAUUAAGAAGAUCGUGUAUACGACCAUUGGAGCAGGUACUGUGGCAUCCUUGUGCUAUCCACGCCAGGCGGAGGAAAAUGCCCGCAUUGUGCUCUAUGAGGGCCGCAAAAUAUUUGCUGUUGCCUACAACUUUAUCAAAGGCGUGAAGCCCGGCGAGGAAGUGCCAUUGGAGCCAAUCAAAAAUUUCCCCACAUCUCUGCAGGAUCUGAAGUAUCUCGCUCUUGAUCUCGUGGACGAGGCUAAGGAAUCGCUGUUCCCCAAGAAGAAGUAAACGCAAAAACAAACCAAACGCUAUUGCGAACGAGAAAGAGAAUGAUACACGACUAAACUGGCCAUUGACAGUGCUACAAUUUCUAUAAUAUUCCUGAUCCUAUUUCUACUUUCGCAUACAGUUAUCAAUUCUCUGUAUUAUGUAUUCGGAUGUCGAUCUUCUGUUGCUUGCAAUAAAACUCAAGCCGCGUAUCAAAAGUGAAAACCAUAA